AUGGCAUCGGGUGCUUUCGAGGAUGAAGCUGAGACUGUAUCGAUCAACGAAUAUAUCGAAAGCAUGGAAGCGGAAGAGCUGGAAGCUGAUUUGGUGUUGGGUGGAGAUGAGGGAGAUGAGUGUACAUACCCAAAGGGUUACAUGAAAAGACAGGCAAUUUUCUCAUGCCUUACAUGUACUCCAGAGGGGAAUGCUGGAGUUUGCACUGCUUGUUGCUUAUCUUGUCAUGAUGGCCAUGAGCUUCUGGAGCUGUGGACUAAGAGAAAUUUCCGAUGCGAUUGUGGGAACUCAAAGUUUGGAGCUUUAGCAUGUAAGCUUCUCCCGAGCAAAGAUGUAGACAACUCCGAGAAUGCUUACAACCAUAACUUCAAAGGAUUGUACUGCGUUUGCGACAAACCCUACCCUGACCCGAAUGUGGAAGAACAAGUGGAGAUGAUACAGUGUUGUAUCUGCGAGGAUUGGCUUCACGAGGAGCAUCUCGGUCUCAAACCUUCAGAAAGUAUUCCAAGGGAUGAGGAAGGAGAGCCUGUCUAUGAGGACUUCAUUUGUCCAAAGUGUUCCUCAGUUUGUUCGUUUCUCACACUUUAUCCAGAGAAAUUGUGGGUUGCUGCUCAAGUAGAUUCAACUGGCUCUGCUACUGCUUGUUCAGUCACUUCUGAACCUGGCCAGCCUGAGAACAGUACUGAAGUCAAAAAAUCUGUUUUGGGAAAAUGUUCUGCGAAGAUCGAAGAUUCUGAAUCCGUUCCUGCAACUCUUUGUGCUAUUGCUACGGAUCUAAACUCGUCUCCUGAGUUUGAGAUGAAACCGCUGUUUCUGACCAAAAACUGGAGGAACAUCUUAUGCAAAUGCGAAAAGUGCAUUGAGAUGUAUAAAGAGAGGAAGGUAAGCUAUUUACUUGAUGUAGAGGACACGAUUGUUGAAUACGAGAAGAAGGCGAAGGAGAAAAGAACAGAGAAACUGGAGAAACAAGAAGGCGAAGCACUUGAGCUUCUGAAUAACCUCGACCAUGUAGCUAAAGUUGAGAUCCUUCACGGCAUCAAAGACUUCAAAGAAUCGUUCAAGGGUUUACUGGAGGCUGCUGGGCCGUCAAAGGCGAUAACGCCUGCAGAUAUUGAGCAGAUGUUUUCAAAUCUCAAAAACAAACGCAGAAGGAUGGAGUGA